AUGGUGAACUUCAGCUUAAGGCUGCGUGACAAUUCUGUCGCUGAGUGGCGCGGCGACUACCUGGAUUACGAUGGGCUCAAGCGGCUGUUAGAGCGGCAGCAGCAGGUUGAUGCAGCGUUGGCCGCAGCCGGAUCCACUGCGUCAAGCACGGAUGUGGGUGUGCGAGCGCCGAGCAAGGACAUGGAAGCCAAUGCACUGAGUGGCCACAAAUGGCGCACCAUGACCACAGGCAGUAGCACGCAACUAGCCAAGACGAUCAGCAGCAAAGUCCCGUUCCUACGACUGCCAGGGACGCCGCCCACGUCCACCGAUUCUGAUCAGCUGCAGUCGCUGCUCUCCGCGCCUGUCGCCUUCGAGGAGGCGCUGGAGUACGAGUACAGCAAGGUAGAAUACGCUUACAUGCGCCACACAGCGCAAUUGGCUGAGCAACUCGAGCACUUGCAAGCGCAAUACCGAGAGAAUGCGACAGCUACAGCUCAGGAGUCGCUCAAGAAUUCACUAGUCGAACUGCAUCGCUUGUUGAACUUGCUGCACAAUUUUGCUCUACUUAACUACACAGGAUUCGUGAAGAUUCUUAAACGCUACGACAAGAUUGCCAGUUUCCCAGCGGACCAGCGUGAACAGCAGAAAGUCAAGCUGCAAACGUUCGAGUUUGCUAAAGCGCAGAGAUGCUCCGAGCUGCUGAAGCGAUUGGAGCAGUCGUUUGCCAACUGGUUCUGCGAUGGGAACGCGCACGUUGCAGUGGCGACUCUUAUGACCAAGAAGGAGGAUUUUGUCAAUUGGGGUCACAUUUAUUUGGGCAUCAAAGCUGGUUCCUGUCUGAUCCUGUUGAUAUGGGUGUGCUGGGACUCGCUCGUGGUCCCUACAUUCCACAAUGGUCGUGAGAACCACCUGCUUGACUUAGUACGCACUCGAGCCUAUCCGGUCUACCGCGGAAUUGGCUGUCUCUUGCUGCUGCACUGGCUCGUAGGAAUUUCGCUCUACGUCUGGCGUGCUGCACGGAUCAACUAUCACUACAUCUUCGAGCUGAACCCUCGGCGAGUCCAGUCCUACCCGCAGGUCUUCAGCGACGCAACCAACAUGACCAUUGUCUAUCUGGCAAAUGUCCUGCUCUACUACAAGGUUGUGAAUGGUUAUUUCCCUGAGGAACUACUGCAUCGCGGGUACUAUCCGUUAACGUUGUUCCUGUACACCUUCUACUUCUACGCUAUCCGUCCAUGGGGACAACAACUUGGUAUGAUAAGAACCUUGUGGGAAGUUGUAUGGUCACCACUGUAUCCGGUGUCGUUCUUCCACACGUUCGUGGGCGACUACCUUACAAGUACAGUUAAAGUGACUCAGGAUGUCAGCUGGUCGGUUUGUUUCUUCGCUACGAAGGAAUUCUUACGUAAGGAUGUCAUCCCUCCUGGCGGCAAUGCGUCUGGGUUACAGUUCAUGCCUACGGACGAUGAUCCGACCUGUGCUGACAAUAUCUACUACGUGAACGUCGUGGUCCCGCUGGUCUGCGCGUUGCCAUUAUGGUGGCGCUUUUUGCAGAAUCUCCGCCGCUUGUACGACACGAAGACGUGGUGGCCUCAUUUGCCCAAUGCUGCUAAGUACGCGCUCACCCAAGUGGUGGUUCUUUUCGGGCUGUUCCACCCUCUGCAUAGCGACAACAGCGAAGAAGAACACUCGUCACAAGUGCGAAUGUUCGUUAUUGCAUGGCUCAUGCUGUUCACUGCAAGCUCGCUGUACACGUGGAUCUGGGAUGUGACGAUGGACUGGGGACUUGGUCGCCCGCAGUUUAAGUUCUUAGGCGACUCUCAAAUGUUCUCUCGAAAGUGGGUCUACUAUGCUGCCAUUGUGGCCGAUCUUUUCCUUCGUUUCGCGUGGACUCUGACACUCAUCCCUCCGCGCGGUGUUGCUCGCUGGUUGCCGUUGUACUUGCAGCCUUUCACGAUGGUACUGGAGCUGUUCCGCCGAACCUUUUGGAGCUUUUUCCGGUUGGAGAAUGAGCACUCGCGCAACACUCAGGGCUUCCGUCGCGUGGACUUUAUCCCACUGCAUUACGACCAUGGCGUUGGCGACGUGGAGAAGAAAAGCGACGAAGUGGAGCAACUGGACUUCCGGAUUUUCACGCUGAAGAUCCUGGCGGUGCUUUUCACUGUGCUUGGACUCAGCGUCGUUGCUAUCGUCAUUGAGCGCUAA